AUGGUCAAAGCCGUCGCCGUCCUCCGUGGAGACUCCAACGUCAAGGGAACCGUCACCUUUGAGCAGGCCGACGAGUCCGCCCCUACUACCAUCUCAUGGAACAUCACCGGCCACGAUGCCAACGCUGAGCGUGGCAUGCACGUUCACGCUUUCGGCGACAACACAAACGGCUGCACGUCUGCUGGUCCUCACUUCAACCCCCACAACAAGACGCACGGCGCGCCCGAAGACGACGAGCGCCACGUCGGUGACUUGGGUAACUUCAAGACCGACGGCCAGGGCAACGCUCAGGGCAGCACCACGGACAAGCUGAUCAAGUUGAUUGGCUCCGAGAGCGUCAUUGGCCGCACCAUUGUCGUUCACGCUGGAACUGACGACCUCGGCAAGGGCGGACACGAGGAGUCCAAGAAGACUGGUAACGCUGGUCCUCGUCCUGCUUGCGGUGUUAUUGGCAUCUCCAACUAG